AACACGGUGAUCGCUGCCCCAGUCUCCGACGAGCGUCUCCUGCCGCGUGAGGAUCUGUGACCCUGCGCUGCGGGACUACAAGCGCCGUUCGCCGCCAAUCCCAGGAGUAGCUGUUCUUCUGUUCUAAGAAGACUCCUGUCUCCUGGACCUGCUGACAAGUCGUGGACAUCCGACCCUGCAGCUUCAAGGGAAGCCCCGGAUUCCACGACACCAGCAGAGCUCCACCACCCUACCUCAGCUUUUCCUUUUGCCGCGUCGUGGUUUGACUUUGGGCCACCCAGAACGGCAGUCACAGCAGCCAGAACACCCCGCAGUGACCGGCUUCCUGCAGCAGCACUCUUCACCAUUGUGUGGCUCCACCUGGCAGGAAGCUGGAUGGUACCACAGCCCAAAGAGAACGUCUGGGUCACGCUGGCAAAGUCCAUCGGGCAGGAACAACUCUGCAUGGCCCUGGGAGGUGUAGACAACCCGUUGUCUACAUGCCUGGUGGGAGUCCCCCUGUCGGAAAACGAUUUUCCACUCACAGCUAUGAAACCCAACUCGGCGGACUCCUGGGGGAGUUGGAUAAGGACACUACCGCAGGCACCACAGGAACCCCAGGAAUUGGACCUACUGGGGUCCACGAGGGCUCACUUUUGCAUUAGGUUUUACACUAAGGCCCCUCAAGGAAAAAUAGAGCAUAACAUCAAAGAGGUCACACCAACUGAUAAAAAAUAUAUUAAUGAGUGGUGCAACUAUACGAGCCCGGUACUGUCCAAGUCCUACCCAUACCCUAAGGAGCUCCCUCGGGGUGUGUUUUUGAUCUGUGGGGACAGGGUGUGGGCGGGGAUCCCCUCUAAGAUCAAAGGGGGUCCCUGUAGCCUUGGCAGGCUUACUACCCUAACCCCCAACAAGACACAAAUUCUUGAUUGGAAAAGGGGAAGUCAAUCGGCACGCCAAAAAAGAUCCUAUGGGGAAUUCGACCCAAAUUGCGACUCGGAAAUUUAUGACUGGGGCAAAGGAAAGAGGGUCGCCGCAUCCAUCUUUCUACCGUGGUAUGCGGCAGCAAAGGCUCUCGGUGAGAUUUCUCACUUAGGGUGUUGGGUGAGUAAGCAGGCCAAUGCUACCUCUGCCGCCUUAUCAGAUCUCUUGGCGGAAGAAGAGACCACCAGGCACGCCACCUUACAAAAUAGAGCGGCCAUCGACUUUCUGCUGCUCGCCCAUGGCCACAGUUGCGAGGACUUUGAGGGGAUGUGCUGUUUCAAUUUGUCAUCGAGGAGCACAUCCAUCCAAGCCAGCAUCCAGCGGAUCCAGGCGUUGGUAAAGGACUUAAAGACUGAAACUGGGGCUGUGGAUGCUGUGAACAAGAUCUUCUCCCAAUGGGGUGUUCCUGGGUGGGCCAUUCCGAUUGUUAAAGGUUUAGUUUGGGUUUUGAUUAUAAUUUUCUUAAUUUCUGUUGCUUUAACCAUCUUUAAGAAAUUGUUAUCUAGAACAACGGGAAAUGUUUUCUUAAUAAACCAAAAAGGGGGAGUUGUGGGAGGGGUCCCCGCUCUCCCUUGGGAGGUGGCCUCGGUAUAGAGAAAUUGUCAAUCGCCUGUUGCUCCCCUCCCCAGUUGAAGCUGCCUGUCAAAGGUUAACACACUCCCCGGUUCUAGAAAGUUCCUCUGUUCUGUUAACCCCAUUGGACCCUGUUGGAAUGCCACUCCUCUCCUGUAUCCCGAUUGGCUCAUUGUAUGUCACCCCAUCCCGUCUCCUCCCCUCUACCCGUUACCCAUUGGUUGAUUUGUACCCUAGCCACUCCUAACUCUCUGCCCUCAUAUUCUCGGUCCCGCCUUUGUUCUGGGCUCCCGGAGCCAGUUACCCUCCGAGAGCGUUGCUGUUCCUUGCC